AUGGACGAGAACAACAGGAUAACAAUCACGGUGUGUGGGGAUGGAGGCUGUGGAAAAAGUUCGAUUACACUACGGCUUGUGAGGAGUCAAUGGACAUCUGAGUACGAUCCUACGAUAGAAGACUCCUACUCCGUAACUCGAACCAUCGAUGGAGUCCCCUACUACCUCAUGCUCACCGACACCGCGGGCCAAGAAGAAUACCGGGGUCUCUGGGCAGCUUCGAACCUACAGUCCGACGCGUUCCUCCUCGUUUACGACAUAACAUCUGCCAACUCGCUCGACGCGCUAGAUUACUUCAUGGAGAUGAUAGAAAUGGAGACAGAAAAUCGAUUAGACAAUGGCAAGAUACCACCGAUCAAGUGCGUAGUAGGCAACAAGUGCGAUUUACAAGGGCAAAGAGUCGUAGAGGCAAAAACAGGUCUCGAGUGGGCGAGACGAAGAAAGUGUGGCUUCAUGGAAACGAGUGCGAGGGAGAUGGUCAACAUCGAAGAGACUUUUGCUUUACUCGUACGUCGCGUGGUAGAAGCACGCCGGCUUACUGCUGGAGACGGUCCUGCGAAUCGAACUGCCGCUCUGCCUCUUCACUCGAACCCGAACCGAGACCCAAAUGACUAUGCGGCCCAUACACAGAAUGAAAAGGAUAGCGAGGAUGAGCCGAAACAGAGCUUUUGGAGGAAGCUCAAGUGCUGGUCCGUGUCUACUCCGAUAAGAGAGCAACAAGCAAAAAGAGCCAUUAGAGACACGGAAAGCGCGGAGGGCAGAAUGUCAAAGCCUCACAUUGAGCACGAGGAGCCCGUUCAGGACGGUCUCUCCCGGACACUCAAGGAUCUCUUCGCAGGUGCAGUAGGAGGAGUCGCACAGGUACUCAUUGGACAACCUUUUGACAUCGUCAAGGUCAGGUUACAAACAACAUCACAAUACUCUGGUGCCUUGGAUGCUGCGACCAAAAUCUACCAAAAUGAAGGAGCACUUGCUUUCUACAAGGGUACGCUGACACCACUCAUCGGAAUCGGAGCUUGUGUAUCUGUUCAAUUCGGUGGCUUCCAUUACGCGCGACGUGCCUUUGAAGCUAGCAAUGAGGCAAAAACCGGAAAAGGCCAACUCUCGUACUCACAGUAUUAUGCCGCUGGUGCUUUCGCCGGUAUCGCCAACACCGCUCUGUCUAGUCCUAUCGAGCACAUCCGCAUAAGACUGCAGACACAGCCGCACGGCGCGAAUCGCCUCUAUGCCGGCCCAAUCGACUGUGUGCGUAAGCUCACUGCACACCAAGGCAUCCUCGGCGGCGUUUACCGCGGCACAGCUGUGACAUUCAUGCGCGAAGCCCAAGCUUACGGCUGUUGGUUUACUGCAUUCGAGUACAUGAUGAAUGCAGAUGCUGCGCGCAACAACAUCGACCGUUCGGAAAUUUCUACUCUAAAAGUUGCGGCUUAUGGUGGACUCGCUGGUGAAGUGCUUUGGAUAAGCAGUUAUCCGUUCGAUGUGAUCAAGAGCAAGAUGCAGAGUGAUGCGUUUGGCAAGGAACAGAAGUACAAGAGCAUGAGAGACUGCUUCGCGAAGACAUAUAGGGGAGAGGGCCUGGGUGGCUUCUGGAGGGGUAUUGGACCGACUCUGUUGAGAGCUAUGCCUGUAUCUGCGGGUACAUUCGCCACGGUCGAGGUAACGAUGCGACUCAUUAGUUAA